AUGCCUCAACAUCUCCUCGUGCUCACUCAACUCAUGCUCACCUUGGGCAUUCCAUAUAUUGCCAUCUAUAUUCAAUUCCUCGACCCCUAUACCAUGCUGAUCGUGGUCCCGGUUGCCAUGGCACUAACAGCUGUGCUCAUGUUCCUCCUGGUCGCGGUGAUUGACGAGCUGACUGAUCGACCGGAAUCGUCAAACGAGACUAUGCUCAAGCAACAGCUGACUAGUAUCAACACGGAUUACUGGGCUCCAGUCAGUUUUAGCCGUCGUUACACGAUUGCCUUACAGUAG